AUGGCUCUUCCUGAUUACGUCCUCGACGCCAAUGCCGUCAUGAAAGAUGACAACGCCGCCUGGCGCCAUGGCAGAGCCCCCGACUACACCAAGACCAGACAGAUGUGGGCGGAGACCAAGAAGAUGAGCCACGAGGCCCAGAGCUUGCCCGAUCUCGUCGAGAAGCUCGUCAAGAACUGGGAAGUCGAGGCUUCCUUCAAGACCGACCUCAAGGACUGGCGAACCAUCAACCGCUCCAAGUACACCUUCUCCGUCAAUGGAGGCCCUCCCCAGUCGGGUGAGCACAUGCUCAAGGUCGGCACCUACAAUGCCAUCAUCGAGGCCAAUGAGCACUACUGCCCCGUCCGCAAUGACUUCGACGCAAGCCACAAGAUGUUCAAGAGGAUGAUGCCCACCUUUGCGUGGGAGGUGCUCGAGGUAUACAGCGGUCCCCCGACCGUCUCCUUCCGCUGGAGACACUGGGGUGAGAUGAAGGCUGACUACACCGGUUUCAAUGACAAGGGAGAGAAGAUUACCAUGAAGGCCCACGGUGGUGCCAUUGACAUUGAGGGUAUGGCCGUCGCCAAGGUCAAUGACAAGCUGCAGAUUGAGAGUGUCGACGUCUGGUUUGACCCCAUGGCCAUGUUCAGACAGAUGAGGCCGAAGGGCACCGAGGACCCCGCCGAGACCGAGAAGGUCAUCGAUGCUGAGACCCACGUUGUCGAGACUGAGAUCGCAAGACCAUAG